AUGGCCAACAUCUUCCGCCAAGCCACCUCGUGGCUCUACACCGGCCUCGCCGUCUCCUUUCUCGGGUCAUGGUCCCUCAUGAUCCUCGUCUGCGUCGCCAUGACCGCUCUCGGCCAGGACCCAGGCCUCCUCCAGCUCAUCGCCCUCCCCUCCCUCCUCACCUUCCUCAUCGCCAAGCUCAUCGUCGCCGCCUCCACCCCAACUCGCGCACCAACCCCAAACACACCGCGAUCGUCCCAAGGCAACCUCGCCACCUGGCUCGCAACAGCAGACAACGGCUCCCCCCACGGCGCCCUCGUCCUCCUCCUCUUCUCCAUAACCUGGAUCCUCCACCUCGCGCGCAUCCUCUUCAUGCUCUGCCUGCUCGUCGUCUUCGGCGGGCUCUUCCUCUUCGCCUCGACCCUCGACGCCGACGACAAGGAGGACACGGCCGCAGGCGGCAAGGGCUUCUUCCACGACGACGAGUCGCGGCAGAACUUCACCACCGCGCUCGUCGAGUUCGAGGAGAAGAUCGGCUUCACGUUCGGCGACUCGCUCGAGGACAGUCCCUGGCUCAUCUUCCAGGUUGUCUCGGUGACGUGGGCGAUGUUCAGUCUGUUGAUGAUCGUGGGCAAGAGGGGAGGCGCCGGCGAGGAUCGUGGGUGA